CCCGGCUGCGAAAUGUGCUGCAGCGAACGACCCCUGAAUUACGUCAUCCCGGAAGGCUAUCAGCUGGAUGCAGAGGAGCGAGAAUGGCUGCAAAGGGAUUUGGAAGCCACACGCCAGUACGAGCAGGUGGAAGAAGAAGAGAAAGAGAGAAACUAUAAGCAACUCCUGGAGUGGGACAACCAGAAUUUGGUCUUUUCUGAGGAAGCCAUUCAGUGCCCAAUCUGCUUCAUGAACCUGGAGCCUGGAGAGGGGGUGACCCUCCGGGAAUGUCUCCAUUCCUUCUGCAAGGACUGCUUGAGAGGGACCAUCCUCAACAGCCCAGAACCGGAGGUCAAAUGCCCCUACAUGGACGAUAACUACUCCUGUCCCGGGCAGCUGCUGGACCGCGAGAUCAAAGCGCUACUCAUGGAGGAAGAAUACCAGCACUUUCUGGACUUGGGAAUGUCCAUCGCUGAGAAUCGCAGCCGGUCCAGUUUCCACUGCAAAACGACGGACUGCCGGGGUUGGUGCUUCUACGAAGACGACGUCAACGAGUUUGACUGCCCGGUGUGCCACAAACUGAACUGCCUGGUGUGUCAGGCUAUUCACGAAAACAUGAACUGCAAGCAAUACCAGGACGAUCUCCGGGUCCGGGCGCAGAACGACCACGCGGCACAACAGACCACGGAGAUGCUGCUGGUGAGAACGGCGGAGCGGCAGGGAGCGGGCUCGGGCGACACCAGCGGGGGCUGCCGUUGCAAAGUGAACGGGGUGUCCUGCCACCCAAAUUGCCAGAACUGUCAUUGA